GGUACGGAUCACCUCACAGUCUCGCUGAAGGUUGACGACGGCAUUUUGAAGCACUUUGAUGUGAUUGAGAAGGAUAAGACUCAAAGUUUUGCCCUCGGACGUACUCUGUUGAUCGGGACUGAAGAAUUCGAGGACUUGGAUGAAAUAGUUGCCCGUUUCAUGCAGCCAAUGGUCUAUCUCAUCCGUGAAGUUAUGACCCAUAAAUAUUAUCGGGACUCUCGGGGGGGAAUUCGAGAUGUCCUCACAGAACUCCUUCGUAAAGAGAAGGAAAUCAGCCCCAACCGCAUUCCAUACUUCCUCUCCGCAAUGGCUGAGCACCCGGGAUGUUUCCUUAUCGCCUACAUGCCAAAUCAAAGGGCACGCUUUGAGGUGUUCUCUGUAAAACCUGAUGGGUUCAAGUUCCGCCGUCUCAUGUUCCCCUCGCUGGAUCGUCUGAUUGGAUGGUUUAAAGAACACUACAAUGAGGCGGUAAGUUGUUUUUUUGUUAAGUCCGUGGACUGUCAACCGGCUUGUCACUCAAUUAGGUUGUUGGAUGUCCUACUUGGUUUUAUAUCUUCCUUUUCAGUCGGCCGGGUCAAAAUACGUUGGUGA